GAAGGGACAGAUCCUAGAGCGAGCUGGAGCAUCUUUGGUGGAAGGGACAGAUCCUAGAGCGAGCUGGAGCAUCUUUGGUGGAAGGGACAGAGGUGAAAGAUGCAAGCCUUUCUAAAAGGAGCUGGUGCUAUCGGCACGAAAGCAACAAGAGAAAAAACCGCAGCAGGAACUAGUGGCGAGAACAAGAAGCAAAAACCUAUUCCCUGGGUGGAGAAAUAUCGACCAAAGUGUGUGGCUGAAAUUGCGUUUCAGGAAGAAGUUGUGGCUGUACUAAAGAAGGCCAUUGAAGGAGCUGACCUUCCCAACCUGCUUUUUUACGGACCCCCUGGGACAGGGAAAACCUCUACAAUAUUGGCUGCAGCAAGAGAACUCUUUGGACCUGAGCUGUACCGCAAGAGAGUUCUCGAGCUUAAUGCUUCUGAUGAACGUGGUAUCCAAGUUGUGCGGGAAAAGGUGAAAAACUUUGCAAAGUUGGUGGUAGCAGGAUCUCGUUCAGAUGGGAGACCUGCUCCUCCAUUUAAGAUCAUCAUCCUGGAUGAAGCAGACUCCAUGACAAAUGCUGCACAGGCUGCCCUUCGCCGCACAAUGGAGAGGGAGUCAAAAACCACACGCUUUUGUCUCAUCUGCAAUUAUAUCAGUAGGAUAAUUGAGCCAUUGACGUCUCGCUGCUCCAAAUUCCGGUUUAAACCUUUGACAGACCGCAUACAGGAAGAAAGGUUGCGGGACAUCUGUGAGAAAGAGAAUGUGCAAUGUAAUAAUGAAACAAUCAAUAUGCUCAUCGAUGUAUCAGAAGGAGACUUAAGAAAAGCGAUAACUUACCUGCAAUGUGCAGCAAGACUUACUGGAGGAAAAGACAUAACAGAGCAAGUCAUCGUUGAAAUUUCUGGAGCUGUACCAUCUGAUUUGAUUGAUGGUCUUUUGGCUGCUUGUCACAGUAGUUCAUUUGAGAAGCUGGAAAUCGUGGUAAAGAAUAUGAUUAAUGAAGUUAUAUGCUUUCAACGUCAGUGGUUCCAUACCCUACAAGUCCUUACCCAACCAUAUUGUGGGACUUCAUCAUGAGAACUGCAAGUAGUUCACCAGAGCUAAAUGGGUAAGAUUUAGAGGGAUACAAGCCAAAUUGGAGAGGGCCUGUAUAACUUAGUCCUUCUCAAGGCCAUCUUGAGUGGAUGAUGCUUACUUCUUGGAAAUAAAUGACUAUGGUCUGUGGACCAGGUAUAUUUGUGUUAUGUGUGCUUAAUGUUAAUUGGUCAGCUCUUUUUUUUGCCCUUUGGAUAAAGCAUUGUCUCUAACAUUGACCUAAAUUACAUAGAAAAUAGGUGCAGGAGUAGGCCAUUCGGCC